ACCUAGUGAAGAUCAUAUCAACUUGCUCAAAUGUGGAUUUCAUGGCUAUUAUACUGGAGUUUAUUCCAAAUGGAAGCUUAGACAAGUGGCUAUAUUCUGACAGACAACAUUUGAGCCUAGUCCAAAGAAUUGAUAUUGUCACUGACAUAGCAAUGGCCUUGGAAUAUCUCCAUCAUGAUUAUACUGUGCCGAUUGUGCACUGUGAUUUGAAGCCCAGCAAUGUCCUACUUGAUGAGGAUCUGGUGGCUCACGUCGCAGAUUUUGGAAUUUCCAAGGUAUUUACUCAAGAUGAAACACUAGUGCAGACCAAGACUUUGGGGACUAUAGGAUAUCUUGCUCCAGAAUAUGGUCAAGAUGGGCAUGUUUCCACCAGCAGUGAUGUUUAUAGUUUUGGGAUUUUAUUGCUCGAGACAUUCACUAGGAAGAAGCCAACAGAUGAUAUGUUUAGCGGAGAUUUAACCUUGCAGAAAUGGGUAUCGUGCUCCUUACCUGAUGCUCUAAUGGAGGUUCUGGAUGCAGACCUUUUCGUCGAUGAACUUGGUUGGACCCGAGAUUGCAGCAGCUCCUCCUCGUCUGGUUCAAUACAAAUCCGUAUUGAACAGCUGUUGGCAUCAAUUAUUCAUGUGGCUUUGCUGUGCCUGAAAGAGUCCCCGGAGGAUAGGAUAAAUACGAGGAAUGUUGUUAUCCAGCUGAAGAAGAUCAAGGCGGAAUUUUCUAAGCUUUCAUACAAGUCAAAAAAACUGGGUUAGCACUAUUCAGUAAGAGA